AGGGCCGCCCCGCCUUCGCCUGGAUCCCAAGCCGCAGUAGCGGACCAUGGAGGUGGCGCCCGAGCAGCCUCGCGGGAGGCCCCCCCCCGCCGUAUUGAAUGCGCAGCACCCCGACUCGCACCACCCGGGCCUGGCGCACAACUACAUGGAGCCAGCGCAGCUGCUGCCUCCGGACGAAGUGGAUGUCUUCUUCAACCAUCUCGACUCGCAAGGCAAUCCCUACUACGCCAACCCGGCCCACGCGCGCGCACGCGUUUCCUACAGCCCCGCGCACGCCCGACUCACAGGAGGCCAGAUGUGCCGACCACACUUGUUGCACAGCCCAGGCUUGCCAUGGCUGGACGGAGGCAAAGCUGCUCUCUCUGCCGCCGCAGCCCAUCACCACAGCCCCUGGACCGUCAGCCCGUUUUCCAAGACUCCGCUGCACCCCUCAGCUGCUGGAGCACCCGGGGGGCCUCUGUCUGUGUAUCCAGGGGCUGCGGGUGGGAGUGGAGGAGGCAGUGGGGGCUCAGUGGCCUCCCUCACCCCCACUGCAGCCCACUCUGGCUCCCAUCUCUUCGGCUUCCCACCCACACCCCCCAAAGAAGUAUCUCCAGACCCCAGCACCACGGGAGCCGCUUCCCCAGCCUCCUCUUCUGCAGGGGGUAGUGUAGCCCGGGGUGAGGACAAGGACGGUGUCAAGUACCAAGUGUCACUGUCUGAGAGCAUGAAGAUGGAAGGUGGCAGUCCCCUGCGCCCAGGCCUGGCUACCAUGGGCACUCAGCCUGCAACACACCACCCAAUACCCACCUACCCCUCCUAUGUGCCUGCCUCAGCUCAUGACUACGGCAGCGGGCUCUUCCAUCCUGGAGGCUUCCUGGGUGGUCCAGCCUCCAGCUUCACCCCUAAGCAGCGAAGCAAGGCACGCUCCUGCUCAGAAGGCCGAGAGUGCGUCAACUGUGGGGCCACAGCCACCCCUCUCUGGCGACGUGAUGGCACCGGCCACUACCUGUGCAACGCCUGCGGGCUCUACCACAAGAUGAACGGACAGAACCGGCCCCUCAUCAAGCCCAAACGGAGGCUGUCUGCUGCCAGGAGAGCGGGCACCUGUUGUGCAAAUUGUCAGACGACAACCACCACCUUAUGGCGCCGGAACGCCAACGGGGACCCUGUGUGCAACGCCUGUGGCCUCUACUACAAACUGCACAAUGUUAACAGACCACUGACCAUGAAGAAGGAAGGGAUCCAGACCCGGAACCGGAAGAUGUCCAGCAAGUCUAAGAAGAGCAAGAAAGGGGCUGAAUGCUUUGAGGAGCUUUCCAAGUGUAUGCAGGAGAAGUCGUCCCCGUUCAGUGCCGCUGCCCUGGCUGGACACAUGGCGCCUGUGGGCCACCUCCCACCCUUCAGCCACUCUGGACACAUCCUGCCCACGCCAACGCCCAUCCACCCCUCCUCCAGUCUCUCCUUUGGCCACCCCCACCCGUCCAGCAUGGUGACUGCCAUGGGCUAGGCACAGCUUCCCACUGGACAGACAUGGACAUCGAGGGUGGCUGGCAGAACCAGAGCGAGGCCGGGUACUCCCUGGGUGGAACACACUUUUGGCUCCCGCCCAUCCCAAGAGACCCACUUCCUCCUGCCAGCCUAGCCUGGCCGAAACCACCUCUCCUUGGAGGACUCCCAGCCUUGUGCAGCCAUUACUGUGAAUGUUUCUAACUGGGCUACAGCUUGUGUGCGCCCUGGGUGCUGCCCAGAAAAGUUUUUUUCACGGACAGUUGCUUGGAGAGCAAAACAGACAGGUUUAUAGCAAGAAACAGAGGAGACUGGGGACAGAAAAAAUGAAACCGUUUUUUGAAGGCAAAAGGAAUAGGCAAAAAAAAUAAUUUAUUUUGCUCUUAUUUCGUACAAGGACGUGGAGACACAGAGGCAUGGGCUGUUUGUGUUCUCUGGGUUCUACCCUGGGGUCUACUGCCACCAGCCAGGGCUCUGGAGGGCAGACUUACAGGGCCUCAGCCUGAGCCUUCUCCCCAGCUGUCUGGAGGGUAGCCCCUGCCCUGACGCAGCCCCAGAGGGCAGAGACAAUCGCAGGCGGUCCUGUGCGGAUUCCCAGGCCAGGGCUGGGUCACAGGAAGGAAGCAUUCUCUGGAAAGGGGAAAUGUCUCCCAGAUCAUUCCCUUGGCUUCGAGAGGCCAAAGCUGGUGCGACCCAAAUGGCCAAGCUGCGGCCUGUGCUGUUAGGCCAGCUGGACCCCUGUAAAUACAUCUUUUUUUCUGCUAACUCCUCAACUCCCUCCCACUCUAAGAUAAAUAAGAGAAUAUUCAAAACCAAACCCAAACUGCAUAAGCUUAACUCACUGAUGAGUGGUUUUAUUUUUAAACUCGUUUUGGGUCCAGUCAAUUGUACGUUGCCACAGAAGACCCACCAUGAAAAGGAAUAAAACCUACAAACCAAGA